UAUUUUGUCAGUGUCAUUUUGUCAUUAAUACUUUUAUCAUUUAUAAAAAAAACAUAAUAUUUUUAUUGUAUUAGACUUAUAUUAGUCCGAUAUGUCUAAAAAAGCUACGUGGUAUACUCCUAUAGCUCGAAUAAAAAACCGUGAGGAAGUAUGGAGUAGAAUUGAAAGUAGAGGAUGGAAAGGAGAAAAAAUGGAUCUUAUUCCUGAAAUAUCCUACUUUUCAAAUCCACGGAAGAGCACAACUAUGCAAGAAUAUGAUCUUUAUUUUGCUUAUACGAAAAUGUUUCCUCUCUGGGAUCCCCGAAAGCCAAAAGAUAAUUCGGAAUAUUUGCCAGUCAUUAGAGAAAAUAUAUUUGCACAAGAAAGUACCAAACCUGUUCCGUCUCUUACGUCACUCAAUUAUGGAAAAUCCACUCUGAUUCCUUACGACGAAGUCGAAACGGCUUUCAAGAGAUCGCAGGCAACAGCUGAAUUUUAUAGGAAACAGGGAGCAUUGGAAAUCGACGAUAAAAAAAUGGCGGAUUGAACAGAAAUCGAAUCAAAUAAUAUCUAAACUUGUGUGGCAAUAAAAAUAAAACUUAGCUGAUUAUUAAA